AUGUGGCACUUCUAUAAUGCCAUAGUGGUUAUGGGCGGUCAAGAGCCGGUGUCGCUUGACGAGGCUGUGGAUGGCUUCUGCUCCGGCGUGCAUCCCUUCGGCCCCUUCUCAGAUCACGCGGCAGAGUACUGGCUGGAGAGCAGGAGAUGGCCGGAGAAGGUGUUGUUCGUCAUGUAUGAGGAGAUGAAAUCGGACCCAAAGAGGGAGGUUUCAAGGAUUGCUGAGUUUAUGGGGAGGCCGUUGACGAAGGAAGGAGAGGCGGAGGAGCUUUUGUGGAGGUGCAGUUUGGAGAGGCUUAAGAAUUUGGAGGUGAAUUCGACUGGACAUGAUGUGGGACCCAUGCCCAAUGCUGCAUUUUUUAGGAAGGGUCAAGUUGGAGAUUACAAGAAUUAUUUGACGUCUCAAAUGGAAGAACGGAUUCAUCAAACCGUCGGCCUAAAGCUUGAGGCGUUAGGCCUCUUUUUCUAG